AUGCUGCGCCCGCGCGGCGGCCUCGCGCCCGCGUCGCCGACCGCCGAGCCCGACACCCCCGUCACGCACUACACGGCGGAAUUUGCAGACGAGAAGAGCGCGCAGGCGGCACACGCGCACGCGCACAUCCACGAGCACGCGCGCCUGUCCGGCGACGAGUCGCCAGGUCUGCCUGAUACCCCGCCGCGCAGGACGGGCGGGUGGAGGAGGAAAGGCGGACGCUUUGGCCUGAGCCAGCGCGCAUGGCUUGCCCUCACGGUCGUUGUGGGCUUUAUCUUGCUCACAAAGCUUGUCCUUCCCUCGGACUCGCCCAAGGCCCCCUCCACCCAUCACUUCACCGACGACCCGUCAGACCUCAUCCCGCACGACUACCUGAACGCAUCGACGACCGACCAGGCGCCGUUCGAGUUCUGCCCCGUCUUUGGCCCCGGCGACGCCAUCGCUGCGCGCCGCGGCCAGUUUGAGCUGCUCCGCUCGCGCCUGUACACUGGCACUGGCGCGCGCGUGCAGCGCGUCCUGCGCAAGGCCAUGAGCGGCAUGCCCGUGACGAUUUCGGUGCUGGGCGGCAGCGUGAGCGCGUGCCAGGGCGCCGGCGACGACCCCAUCGCGCCAGAGUGCUACCCGGCGCGCUUCUUCCAGUGGUGGCAGAGCGUGUUCCCGCACCCAAGCAACGAGCUCACCAACGGCGCCAACAAGAGGACCGACUCGGCGUACUAUGCCUACUGCGCCAGCCACCACCUCCCGGACAAGACCGACCUGGUCAUUCUCGAGUUUGACGCUGCCGACCCAAAUGACCCGGACUGGCUCUCGUACUUUGAGCUGCUCGUGCGCUCGAUUCUCGUCCGCCCCGACCAGCCGGCCGUGAUUAUCCUUGGCCACUUUAGCCCGCAGGUCCAGGCGCAGAACGGUUUCGCUGGUCCCGAGCUGCUGCACAACGUUGUCGCUCAGUUUUACGAUGUCCCGCACAUUUCGGCCAAGGGCGUCAUGUACGACGAGUACCUCGAGCACCCGCACCGCGCGCUGCAGGAGCUGUACACCGACUCGCAGCUGGCCAACAAGGAGGGCCACGACCUCAUUGCCGACGUGCUCGUCUCGUACAUUAUGGGCCAGAUCUGUGCCGGCUGGUCGGCCCUUCUGGGCCACUCGUUCAACGUCCCCUCGGUCAACAUCAAGGGCGACUCUGUGGCGGGCACCCCCUUGCUGCUUGGCGGUGUGGGUCUGCGUCCUGGAUCCGACGCCGACCAGCAGCCCGAGGACGGCGCCACUGACAAGAGCGACCUGAUCUCGCACUCUGCCAACCUGGGUCUCGAGGCGCCCAAGAUGCGUCUGGCCGACCGGCCCAACGAGCUCAAGAACUUUCGCGAGAUUGAGCCCUACUGCGUCUCGGCCUCGGACCUGGUCUCGCCGCUUCCCCCCUCGAUCUUUUACGGCUCGGGAUGGGCGACGUACCACCCGCCCAAGAACGCCGUCGCCGAGGACAGGCACUACUGGUACGCCGACCAGCCGACGUCGCGUCUGCGUAUCCCGCUGCGCAUCGGUGCCGGCGACGUGGGCAUCUAUUUCCUCCAGUCGCCGCCCGACAAGCCGGCGGGCACGGUCCGCUGCUGGAUCGACGACAACCACGCCGGCGCCAAGCGCCUCGUGGGCACGGCCGAGGUCGAGGAGCCCAUCGCCACCCUCGUCAUGAUCGACCAAGGUGUCUCGCGCGGCUCGCAUUUCGCAGAGUGUGUCCUGGAGGGCGAGCUCGGUGGGGCCUCGGCGCCAUUCAAGAUUCUUGGCAUUUUCACGACUUAG